AUGGUUGUUCUUCAAGUUGACCGCGUUUUUGACGAACUUGUCCAACCUCUGGGAAUCUGGCAAAUUGGCAUCGUGGUCUUUACAGCGCUGUCAUUUCCACCUAUAUUUCUGCUGCCAGUCUUUUUUAAUUCCUUUCCUAAUCAUCGUUGUCGUGCAGAACCAGAGGUCGAAAAGUGGUUUCAGUAUAUCGAUACGGCGAUCGGGAACCUGCAGCCGGAGCUAUACAAGUUUGAAAGAAAUGCUAUGAUUGUGGGACCGUUGGCGAAUACCACACCUAUGAUCCGCGGCUGUGAAAUAUACUCUUUUGAACGUUCGGGAAAUGAAGAUCGGCAAAUGCUGCUAUACCUCUACGAAAAGGCCUUCAGCAACAAAAAAGCGGGAACACCUUGUCUUUACGGAUACGUGUACCAGUACACGUCGUUCCAAUACCAGGGCGGUAUCGUCCAGGAGUGGGAUCUGGUUUGUGAUAAGGCCUGGCAAGUGCCCCUCGACGAGAGUGCAUAUAUGGCUGGCAUGCUGAUUGGCUACAUUUGUGGAGGCUGGCUCAGUGAUCGGAUCGGACGAAGGAGAACAAUGCUGUAUUCUGGCUUAGUGGAGAUUAGCCUUAAUGUGGCUAUUUGCUUCUGUCCAAAUCACAUUGCUUAUAUCAUACUGCGCUUCCUGGUCGCGGCCUUCUUCACAACUCGAACCUCGGCUUUCAUUGUGCUUCUGACUGAAAUUACCACCGCCAAGUAUCGUUCAACCCUGGCAGCGAUUGGUACUGUCCUUCAGCUGGGCAUACAGCGUGUGAUGCUCGGAGUAUCAGCCCGUUAUUUCACUAACUGGCGGAUGUUGAAUGCUGUUUGCUUGUUGCCCAACGCUCUGGUAUUAUUCAGCCCCUUCUGUUUGCCUGAGUCACCAAAAUGGCUAGCAGCGCAGGAAUCCUAUCAUUCUGCCAGUGCGGUACUUUACUCUGCCUACCGAUGGAACCUUAGAUUCCGAAAUAACUGCUGUUCGGGUUCCAAGCGGGAGUAUGUUCUGAAGAGGGAAGAGUUUCUGGACAGACUAGGCAUCAGCACUCCUUCUCAUGACGCUGCCUCGCCUUUAACUCCAUUUGGAGGAGAACAGGCAGCCAGGGCCGACUUCUCAAUCCUACACCUCUUUGGCAGAGGCCUUCGAGGAACCACUAUCCUCACCACGGCUCUGCUGACUUGUCAGAUUACAAACAUGUUUGGUAUAACUUUCUACGCUAGUCACAUUAGACAGCACGUCUCGAUGGUCGUCAUUAUCAACGCUCUGGCCAACAUCCCGGGUGCCCUGCUCUCGGCAGCACUCUACAGAUACUUUCGGUAUCGCAAGAAACCCCUGGCCGCGGUAUUUUUCAUCACAGCACUCUUUCUUUGCGCAGCCUCUGCGCACACACUGCAGCUGCAGCCAAAGAGCGACCACCUGCUCAACAUCCUUACAAACAUCGCCAUUUUCUUCCUCUCUGCCUCGCAGAGAAUGAUCUUUGUCUACGUGCCGGAGCUGUUUCAGCCGCUUUACAGAAACCGCGGUUUCGGCAUCGCGGCGGGAUUGAGUCGAAUCGGAGCACUCUUGGUUCCACUGAUAAAUCGGCUGGAUACCAGGGUUAUGCAUGGUCUCCCGAUGGCUGUGUACGCGGCGCUCACUGUCUGCCAACUGGUAAUACUCUUUUUUGUGGAGGAUACUAACGGUGAGGGCGUCGUGGUGGUUCUGCAACCCCCGUCUCGAGACGACCCAGCCAAGAUCAUCGAGGUGGUGCCCACCGGAACGGACAUUUCUGAGACAGCUGACCAGAACGCUGGUCAGACAGAGAAGCCUACGUCAGGGUGA